AUGCAGGCAAUCGGUCAGGUCGUUGCAUGGCGGCCGGACAGCAUGGCGGGUCCGGCCGGGUAUUGGCAGGUCCCGAUAGACCCCGUCGCCAUACCCAAGACCCGUCCCGGGGUCUCCGAUGGAGCUCCGAUCGUUCCUCGCCUUGGGGUCAUCGAGAAGUGGCGAGACUACGUCAGCCUGUUGCACUCAGGGGUGAACAAGGGCAAGGUCUUCAGAUGGGCACUCGCACUAAGCGACUACGACUUCACCAUCGAAUUCAUCUCCGACGAGUCCGACAACAUAGCCGACUGGCUCAGCAGAUACGCCGGCGACGACGAAGGAGACGACGCACUAUUGGACCGGAUAUCACUGAAGGUCGCAGCUGUGUGGGCACCCCGACUGCUCAACCUCCCAGCACUCCCGACAAAAGAAGUCUUCGUCAAAGCAUACGUCCAGAAGGGGAACCCCAACCUGCCAGGUCUCCACUGCAACGACCGAUGGUGGAUCCGUCAAAGACAAAAAAGAUCUACGUCCCCCGCCAGUUACGCACACGGCUGGCCCUCGUAUUCCACUUCGGUCCGAACGGCCGCCUGGGAGUUGGCAAGACGAGCAGGAGGGCCCAGGACAUCGAAAAUGAUCAGAGAGCGCCUCAUCUGCGCGAGACUGAAGACACCACCGGUGCACCAGCAAGGACUACCGAGUGGCGGGAUUUGA